AUGAUUCAUGGUAACGAGUCGCAGCAGCGUCGUUGUGCGAGUCCGCUCUGGAGCUGGAUGCGAGGGUCUUUGCGGAGCCAUUUGCAAGCCGGUCGCCAGCACCUGUGCUCAGCACCGGGUGACGCACAGGCCGCAGGAUCUGAGGUCACAAGCGACAACCACGGAGCAGUCCAAACGAGCGCACGAGUACAACGCGGUGCCCGGGAUACCCCGAGGAACCUGUGGAGCGUGCUUCUAGGACGUGAUCGAACGCAUACAAGCGCGUUGGCAGCUGCAGAGCCACCAGCCGUUAUCGCGUUACUGCCUUCUCCUGUUGGGGUUGUAGCAGUUGCGCCCAAAGAGCCUGAGCUCUUGACCUGGAACCGUGAUCGUUUCGACGGCAGCCGUACUGACGCGGAGAUUACCGCUGAAUCCGCGUCCCGAGAGCCGCUUGAAAGACAAUGUGCGGUAGCGAGCCGCCAGGCAGCCCCAGUGCCGGACAGUUACCAGAUGCUGGACGUAGGCUCCGGUCGUUCGUUUCUCAACGCUCUAACCAUUGCGGGCGUUGGUAUCCCGAGCAAACUUCUCAUGGGCAGUCUCGAGCGCAUUCAUGCGUAUCACCUGGAUCGCUUGCACGAAGCGGUGAUGUCGCGCCCGCGAAAUACACCGCUUUUGACGGUCAGCAACCACAAGUCUGUCAUGGACGAUCCGUUCCUGUUGGCGUGGAUGCUUCCGACUCGUACGCUGCUCCAUCCAGAGACUAUGCGUUACGGCUUAUGCGCUGUAGACAUUUGCUUCCGAAGCAAGUGGUUGAAUCAUUUCUUCACGGCAGGCAAGGUGCUCCCCAUUCGCCGUGGCGGCGGACUCAAUCAACCCGAACUCUACCGAGCCGCGGAGAAGCUCGCUGCCGGCGCCUGGCUCCACGUCUAUCCCGAGGGUCGCGUCAGUCAGCGCUGCCUGGGUCUUAUUCGACGCGGCGUCGGAAAACUUCUCGCCCUUGCCCACGAAAAGCGCAAUGCAAACGACCCCGAAAUUCUUAUUCUUCCCAUUUACCACGAGGGCAUGCAGACGGUCAUGCCUCAAGACGAAGAAACAAAUGAGUUGGUAUCUAUGGUACCGAGGAUCGGACGCGAAAUCUUUGUAUGGGUCGGGGAGCCCUUCACGGUGUCGGACAUACUCCACAAAUGGCAAGAUUUAGGUACGAUAUCGCUUGCCGAAGAUGGACCUCAGCAACUCUCCAUGUAUGAGGAGAUUUGUGAUCGCAUUGCUGGCGUUCUCGUCGAGCUCCGAGCCGAGCUCCGUCGACGUGUACUCGAAGACCACGGUAUCGAUCUGCGCGAGAGGCUCCAGAGCUACGACUGA